AUGACGGGUGCCUCGGCUCUGCUUGGCGUCGGCGUCGCCUUGCAUCCGUCGGAGGCCGGCAAGGACGUAGUGUCCGUGGAGCCGCCCGAGAUGCUCACGUCCGGCGCUGUCCGCGUUGACAUCAACCAUGCGAUAAGCCUCUACACCUUGUCCGUGUUCUCGGCGAAAAAGGCUCUGAGCAAGCAGUUCGUGCCGUCAGUGUACGCCACCAAUGUGGUCAAGUUCGCGACCAACAUCGAGAAGCUCGGCGAGGUGAAGCCCCAUAUGGCCGGCGACACUAAGAUGGACGUUGUAAAUGGGCAAUCGCCGUUUCUGGAGUUUUUGACCGAAGUGUUCGCCGACACCAAGACGUCGCUAUUCGCUGGGGAGGGAUCGGAAGUGUUGAUAGAGGCGCCACACAUCGUCGACAAGGUUAUAAAGCUUGUGACGAGCGAAGAGGCACACACCGUUCUCAACUACCUCUGUGUACGACUCAUGAUCCAGACGUCGGCGUUCAUUCCGGAAUCGGAACUAACCACUUUCUACGCGACGAUGGUCUACGGCAAGCGGCGGGAUGCGAUGCGUCGCUGGGAGCUCUGCGUUCGCGUCGUGGACAAGGCGCUCUUUCCGCUCGUCUCCGCGUCCCUAGUGGCCCAGCUGCGAGCGUCGGUGGCCAAAUAUGCCGACCUCGCUCGCGACAUAAUGGCCGCGUUCCAGCGGAGCACCGACACGUCACCAUACUUCGACGCCAACUCCAAGAGCGCCGUUCGCAGUCUUCUGGCCGGCAUCCAAAUGCGUGUGUUCGGCCCGCAGUGGUUGAGUGAGCCUAGCCUUGUAGACGCCUACGAACGAAGCCUACCGGCCAUAAAGAAAGAUCAGAAUGGGCUCGAGACGUUCAUGGCCCUCCAUGAGCACACCUUCCUGGACUCCCUGGCACGCGGCUCUGCGCAGCGCUGGCGCAGGUCAACCUUCGCGUUCGACUGUUGGUACGAACCGCACCCGAACACCGUGUAUGUGCCGCUGCUGGUGUUCAACGUGUUGCAGGAUUUCGCUGGCGGCGCGAGCCCCCUGCAGAUUCCGCGGGCCGGUCCUCGCGUGGGCAAAUGUCUCUUCGAUAUGCUCAUGCUUCACCUAUCCACUGACGUAGGGCUUGACGAAGCGCCGGAAAAGCAAGGCGAUAGCUGGCUGACGGCUCAGGCGCGCGCCAAACUCCAGGACGUCGAGUUGUGCCUGGAGGGUGUGCAGGCGUCGGUCGCCACCGGAUUCGAUCGGUUCCGCGACGUGCUGGUUCUUCGUGCUGCGCACGGUCACUUCAGGGCGAGCGAGGACAAGACGAGCAAGGCGCUGUCGCUGCGCCUGAAGAACGGACGCAUGCUGACGGACGACCAGCUCUUUUUUAUCUUUGCCAUACUACAGACGUGUCGGAAGAGCGCCGACCAAAAGCUACACGCGGAGGCCGGAUACGAGUGGCUCGUGGCCUUGCGCAACAAUGACGAUUUUACAGCUUCGUACAAUUGUUCCAAGGACGAAGCAAUGAACCCAGACCACAAAUGCUAG